CAUUUGUUUACAUAAAAUUCCCAUGAUUGUGCCAUGUGAGAUUCUGCAGCAUUUCGCGAUCAAGUUUCUAUCCGAACAAAUCAUCCCUUUUAUCUUGCCUCUAAAUUAUUUUAACGGCUAAUAGAGAUUCCGUAACUGUCCUUUCCUAUCUGUUGGCUGAAUAAAUAGUAAUUCAGCUUCUCUUAUUAAUGCAAUUUACAAGUGACCAUGUCGGAUGAGGAUCAUGAGGACUCCGAUCCAGUCGAAAAAAUGUUAAAGCAAGCUGGGUGUCUUGAAUUGCACUAUAAAAUUCAGAUGUGUAUAGCUGACACCAAAGACUGGCGAAAGUGUCAAAACGAAGUCAAGGAUUUUAAGGAAUGCAUGGAGAAGUAUCAGAAAAACCUAAGGAAGGAACAGUAAAAAUCUUCCAAGCAACAGAGGUGCUUUUAUCUUAAGAUUUACAGAUACUUGAAGACGACUGAAAAUAAUUCUACAGGGUUCAUUCGCUUAAAUUUGUGCGUACGAUCUCUUAACAAUCCAAAUAUUUGACCAUAUUUAUGUAUGGUGAGAAACAGAAAUUAAUUUUUUUGGCCCUUAUAUUUUUUCAUUAGUAAUUCAGGCAUUAAUGUGUGUGUGUGACUUCUACUUGGGGCAAUUAUUUCAUUCACAUGAAAAUUGCUUAUUUCAGUGGAAUUCCUGCGUUACAUAGAAAAUGAACGAUACCACUUAUGCAAUCGCAGGCUUUACUGUAGGUGUCCUUGGCACACUUGCUCUGAGAGGUAAGAUUUCCCACUUCUACAAUGUUGCGAAAGCUGCUGGGUCAUCGUUAGGAAA